AUGGAUCAAGCUGGAGAGUACCUUAAUCAGGCCGGGGGCUUCCCACCCAUGUCUGUGGCCCAGGAGAAAAGGUUAUUACGCAAGAUAGAUUGGAUUCUCGUGCCAAUGCUUCUCACCACCGCCACAUUGGGAGCGGUUGACAAGGUUGCUAUCAGCACAGCAGCUAUCUAUGGUCUAAGAGAUGACUUGCACCUCUCUGGUAGUCAAUACUCCUGGGCUGGCUCUAUUCUAUAUGUCGGGUGCAUUGUCGGCAUGUGGCCAUCAUCGUAUCUCCUCCACCGCGUGCCAUCUGCAAAAUAUCUCGCCAGCUGCUCCCUCGGUUGGUCAUUGCUGUCGUUGCUCAUCCCCACCUGUCGUGCAUUCCGAGACUUAAUGGCCUUGCGGUUUUUAAUGGGUUGUCUCGAGGGGAUCAUCGUGCCGUCAAUUUCCCUUGUCAUUGCCGGAUUUUAUAAAAAGGCCGAACAGCCUCCUCGCAACGCCAUUGCUUUCGCGGCGAUUAGUUCCGUGAUAAACGGGUUUUUGUCCUGGGCGGUAGGUCAGAUUCAAUCGCCGUCGACGCUUUCGAUUUGGCAGUAUCUAUUUUUGAUUACGGGUUCUAUAUCCCUUGUGUGGUCUAUCUUUAUAUUGCAAUACCUCCCGGACACGCCAAUGAAUGCUUGGUUCCUUACUAACCAGGAGAAAUACUAUGCCAUCGCCAGGCAAGCCGAUAACAAGACGGGAAUUAUUAACAAAACUUGGAAAAAGGAACAAGCGAUAGAAGCUAUAGCGGACCCGAAAACAUGGAUUAUUUUUUUAUUCAACAUUGCUAUCAAUGUUCCAAACGGAGGGCUAAUCACCUUCAGCGGCAUUAUCAUCAAUAAUCUCGGUUUCGACGCCGUCAAAACCUCCCUCCUGAACAUGCCUACUGGAAUCAUGUCGACCAUUUCAGCGUUUCUUUUCUCCUGGAUUGCAGCUAAGUGGACUAAUCGACGGUGUCUGGUGACAAUGAUAGCGGCUUUUAUCCCAGCUAUUGGCGCGAUUAUGGUGUACACCCUGCCUAGGAGUAAUAUCGGUGGUCAGAUGGUUGGAAUCUACUUGUUGUAUACAUAUUUCGGUCCAUAUGUUUUAGUCACAGGAAUAUCACUCGGCCAGGCCAACACCGCCGGCCACACCAAGAAGAACGUCCAAUACUCGAUUAUGUACGUUGGAUACGCCAUCGGCAACCUAAUCGGCCCGCAAACCUUCCGAGCCAACCAGGCCCCUGAAUACACCACCGGUUUCGCCGCCAUGCUCGUCUGCUACUGUAUCUGCAUCGGACUGAUGGCGGUCUACUGGAUUCUAGCUGUCAUUCUCAACGCUCGACGGAGCCAGCUUACACACCCAGAGAUUCGAGUGACCCCAAUGGACUGUUCGGAUGCGGAUAGCCUCGCGGAAUCCCCGUUUGCAGAUAUGACGGAUUAUCAGCAAAAGGAGUUUAGAUAUACUACAUAGGAAUAGAAUAUGGUUUAUGAUUGUGAAUGACUGAUUUGUUACAUAUGUG